CACCAGUCUCACUCAGUCAGUUGGCGUCGCGACGCCGUCGCCAGAGGUAUUCGAGAGCCACGUACGAUACAGUUCCCGGGUUUUCUCUGUUCCUGACACAAACGGGGAGAAUUACUGAAAGGGACGCGCAGUGCACGCGAACAGUGAACACCGCGAUUCCAUUCUCGCAAUUAGCCAAGCUCUAACAAAUAAUUUCUUCACAGACGAGACAGCAAAUAUUUACAAAAUUAAGCAAAUAUUAAAUCAUUAAAUACCUAGGGAAAAUAAAGGAGGAAAUAAAAAUAAAGCAACGUGAGAUAAUAUAGUGAUACAAAGCUUUGGGCAGAUGUGAAUCGUUGAAUAUAAUUUUCAAGAGGAUCGAAAUAACAAACCUUCUCUCCAAAUAACAAAUUUUCGUAUUUGCGAAUCUUUGCAUACAGCUUCCAAGAGGAUGAAAUAAUAAAAUAAAUAAUAAAAUUUGAAUGUUCGGACGCAGCUUGCAACAGGACCGGAGUAACCAAUUUUCUUUCGAAAUAACAAUUGGAAGUCAGAAAUUGAACUGAGCGCUAUGUAAAUUCUGUUGGUAGUGCAGUAUUGAUGAGCCACGAGCUUCCUAGUUUUGUACAAAUUGUCGUUGGGAGGAGAGCUAAACGCGAUCGUUGCCAGAAAGUGAAUUAAACGCAAUCGUCCCGCACAAAGGAUACAAAUGACGCGCUGGAGGAUAACGGAGGCUGACACGAUCAUGUUCCCGAUCAGAGUGAAAUGACGAACGAGCCUCGUGGUUCCUUCGAGAAGCGAGAAACGAAGGAAUAAGAUAAGUCAGGCAGCGAACGAAAGGAUUCUUCCUGUCGAGGGGUACUCUGCUGGAGGAAAGUGGAAAGUGGCAGCCACUGGAUUUAUCAGACACGUAAUACGUUAUCGAUGAUAGCUUGUGAAAUUACUCGAAUUCACGUUAUGCUUUCAUUCGAUCAUUAUAAUCUCCCUAACAUUAAACAAGAAGGAACAAAUAUUAAAUAUAUUCUAUUUAAUAAGAUUCCCUGUAAAUAGGUUACAAUUUGAUAAAAUUUCUAGUGAAUAGGUUGCAGUUUGAUAAAAUUUUCGCGAAUUUGGGGCGAAUAGUAAAUGCAAAAAGUCUUAGCGAAGCGACGAGGAACGAAUUUCUGCUAGCCUAAGCGUAGUACUCGUUCGAUGACUCGAUUGGACGAGUGGCUAAUUAAGAAAUAAGUGGACUGGAGAUUUCACUCCCAAGGAACCUCGAAAAACUGCGUUAAAGUGCGCGUUGAUUUUAAAACGACAAGUCCUUGAAGAAAUAUCGAGUUGCAUCGUUGAACGAAGAAGUUGUACUCGGUCGGCAGUUCGUACGAUUCCUCCAACGAGAAAAGAGAUUUUACCGAACGAAGCAUCCUCUUUAAUCCUUUACUCGAUCAUCGAAAGUACUUUCGUCGCUACUAGCAACGUUCCUCUGGGAUUCAAUUGAUUUCAUUCUUUUCUCGAUUUCUUUACUAUUAAAUAAAAAUCAUCUUUUUAACCGUUCACACCUCGUCGUAGACGCUUCCUCGUUCUUUAUUUUAGAAAGUAAGCGUGAGUUUGAUAAAUCAGUUAAUUAGAAGAGGCGCACGAACUAUUCGUGUACCUGAUACUUAAAUUCGUCGACACGUUCGCGGACAGUCGAUCUAUUUAUUGCUAAGAUGCAUCUCAUCCGGGGUCACUGACUCGUGGUAUGUCGCUCGAAUAAUUUUAGGCAGCCACGAAAUUGGAAAUCAACCGAGCCACCAAGUUCGAGAUUGAACAGGAGGAGCACGGUCAAGAUCAACGAGUACCAUGUGUACGCGUUCGUCGCUGCUUUCUAAUCACAUACCUUAGAGCUUUAUAUUCGACCCUCGUGUUCUCCUUUUGUAAACUCGAGGAAAUUUGCCCCUCGUCACUCCGUUUCACUCCUGCGACGUUGAAGUGAAAAGAGAGAAAUUUCUGAGUGAAUACUUGUUACGUCCUUUUCCAACAAGUUCCAACAAGGAUGUUAUUUAAAUAAAGAUUCCCAACUGGAUCCCACUGGAUAGUGACUUAUCUCGUGAUUUCUCUGAGACCUGGAAGGAUCGCAGUUCGAAAAAAGACAAUUUCUUACCGAAUAUUUAUUAUAUUUUGCCAACAAAUUCCAAGGAAUGUUGUUACGCAGAAAGAUAUUAUAUGUGAUUAAGGAAUUCCACUUCAACUGGAUUUCGCCAUAGUGGUGACAUUUUUUUGAGUUUUGGCAGAGUGGUGGUUUGAUUUAGUAGCAUACCAGCUAAUCCGGAUUAUCCGGGACGCGAUGGCUCUAUGAUAAAUUAAGAGUCGUUCUAGACGAGGAUUCGAGUAUCUUGGAAUACAGCCGGCUGUAAAUUCACGGCAAACGUGUCCGAUUGUCCGACGACCCUAUUUCUGUGUUAAAUUCCGCGUGGAAUUAAGACAUAGCUAACCAUUUGCCUACCGAAUCUACAUCAGCAUUUAUUUAUACGCGUGUUCUCGGAUCUAACGAUAUUGGAAACACCGAGAAGGAAGUCUUGAUGCUGUUCGAAGCACAAAUAUAUAUUAAUACGCACUCGAUCUUCAGUGAUACGUAACACCAAGUAGAAACUACAGUGUUAAAGCACAAAAAAGAGAGAGACAGAGUGAUGACCGACUGUGAUAGUUCUAGGUGAUUCUAAAGGAUUUCUAAGAUACUUUAAGAAAGCUUAAUCGUCAUAAACUACGAGCUUUCAUUUUAUUUUAUUUUAUUUUUUUUUUUUUUCGACGACGAAAGAAGAAGCCUUAAAGGAAUGUCAAAUUCGCCGGAUGGGCGGCAGGCGCCGCCCCCGAGAUUGAAGAUUCAACUUCCGAUACCGGGUCAAUUCUAUCCACAACCGGGUAUGGGGUACGUACCAACACCGUACGGCCAAACCCCCAUGCCGAUGACUCCUGUUUCCGGCCAACCACGGGUGAUUUACGCGAACAAGGCCAGCGAGUUCGUCUUCAGCCAGUUCCAGGGGAUCAAGGAUCUGACCAAGUCUGGCCUAAGUGUCGGCGAGAAGAGCGCGUUCUGGCUUUACGAGAAGUAUCGGGGGCGCGAUGAUAUUCGUCACGAUCGAGGGAACCAACGAGGAUAUGGCGCACGGAAACAUUCGAAAGGAGAGAAACAAGACGCUGACCACGAUUCGAGAGUUGUGCGACGACCAGGUAUUGGCUUCGAAUCCAGAACUUUGGAAUGGGCGGGCGAGGAACGAACUGAUGGAAUACGAGGAACAUUUGUACGAGUUCUACAAGCGCGGGUUAACGGAUCGUGGAGAAAAGGUGUGGACCUUCUGGAAUGCUGUAUUCUACUGCGGCACCAUUUACACCACCAUAGGUGA